CAAGCAAUCAAUCCUUCCACCUUGGCCUCCCAAACUACUGGGAUUAUAGGUGUGAGGCACCACACCAGGCAUGAGAAAGACUUCUUAAAUGCUGGUAAUUAUCCUGUGUCUGGACUUAGGCUGGAGAUUACAUGGUUGGCUUCACACUGUGAUAAUUUCACUGAACUCUCCACUUGCAAUCUGCAUACUUUCCUGUUGUAUGUCAGACUUUUUUUUUUUUAAGUUUCUUAAAGGCACAGACUUUAGUUGCUAUCCAUGUGGAAAAUAGAUCUUAAAAAAUUCCAAAACAUGACAAAGAGUUAAUAUCUAUAAUAUACAAAGAGCUUCUACUUGGUGAUAAGGAAAAGACAAAUAGCCCAAGAGAAAAAUAGGCAAAUAAUAUAAGUAGGUAGCUCAGAAAACUAGAAGUCAAAUGGCCAGUAAACCUAUGAAAAUAUGCUCAAUUGUCCUCUGGUUUAAAAGAAUUGUAAUAUUCAUUGUUAACUGUUGGGCCUAUGAAAAUAAAUGAGAAUAAUACACUCACUUUACCUUUGAAAAUGUGAAUUUUAGGAAAGUAAACUAUUCAAAUGUAUAAUAUACAUACCAUCAACUCAGAAAUUCCACUUCCAGGAAUAAAUUCCAUAGACAUAAAAACUGCACAAGUAUGUUUAUCACAGUGUUAUUUUAAUUGCAAAAAACAAACCUGAUAAUCAACCCAGAUACCCAAGGAAACAGUUUAAUAAAUUGUUUUACAAUAUUGAAAUAUCAUGUAACUGUUAAAAAGAUUAUUGGUUUGUAUUUCCAUGUAUAUAUAGAAUUAGAUGAGAAAAGCAAAAUGCCAAAACAAUGAAUACAAUAUGAUCUCUCUUAGAACACUAACAAAAACCCCUGUAUAUGUAUAUAUACGUUUGUAUAUAAUUUUAUAAACAUGGACAGAGGUGUGACAGGCUGUUGUCAACAUUGAAUACCGAGGGGGAAUGAGGGGAAGAGGAUUGAAAAAAUAAAGGUAUCAGUGAAAAAGCAUAGGAUAUGAGUCCACUGAUAUAUAAAGUGUUUUGUUUUUGUAUACAUAUGCAUAUGUAUGUAUGCACGUAACUAAACCUGUGAUUGUGCCAGUGGUGGUUAAAUGCUGCUACUUGUCCUUUGCCGACCCCUGGAUCCUAGUAUUCCUUUAAAAUCAGGGAGGCUGUUUCAAUAGCUCAUCUCCCACUUGCAUUGCUAGCCUACUCAGAACAGCUACUACAUUAAAGAGGUAUAUAUAUUCAAUAAAUGUCUCAAUAUAUCUCAGCAAACAGGGUCUUUGGGCCCCUUGGGAUUAGAGGCAUGGUUUAACACUUUAACAUUAACAUCAUUUUAGUUUUUAGAUUUUUUUCUUAUAGAGAAUUAUGUUGAGAAAUGUCUGACAUCAAGGGGCUUUAGUGAAGACCACUGUUGAGUUCUGGCUUCAGUCAGCAAAACAACAAAGCAAUUAAAAUCACUUCUAGCUAUUGGAACUAGCACAUGUUGUAUGUAGAAUCUCUAGUAAGUGUUCUCACAUUGAUCGAUUGAAUCCAACUUAAAUUUUUAUUUAUAUGAAAUUAUAUUAAAAUUUAUUCUUUUGUAAUAGGUACUUUUUCGUCUGUCAGAGUAUAAGUUUAAAACUUUUAUUAAUAAAAGCAAGAUCUGUUUGUGACUCAUCUAUCUCUGUGGUACAUGUGAAUAUUUAGUAAAUAUGUGAAUAAAAACAACAGUGGCAAGAUCUUCAUGAGCUACUGCAGUGACAGUUUUCCAUUCUGUGUCUGUUACCAUGCAUUGCAGGAUGUUUGCUGUCUCUGGCCCUUGCCCACUCAGCACCUCUAGUACUCUCUGGUCAUUCUAACAGCUAAAAUCUAUACUUCCCCCCUCCAAAAUUCCAGAAGCCUUUGGGGACGGUGGGGUUGGUGCGAGAACCACACGGCUAGAGUAAUUAAAGAAGUAUUUAUAAGGAUGGUAGUGCCUAAGCUAAAUCUUGAAGGAUGAGUAGGAUUUUAAAAUCGGAGAAAUUGGGGCGCAAACUGUUAAGAAAGAGGGAGCAACAAGGUAGACUAUCUUGACUGAGGAAGCAGUGUGUCUAAUGUUGGAAAUAAAGUUGGAUAGGUAGAGUGAAGGGUGUUCAUCGGGAGGAGGUGAGAGGAGAGGGAAAAGUGUCAUUUCACUCUCUAAUGCAUCCUGCAUACUACUGCCAAAUUAAUUUUCUAAAACAUUGUCUUGUUCAAUAGCCCACUUAAUAAUGCCAUUGCUGUGUGCUCAAGGCAUUUUAUCUCAUAUUCAUCUAACUUUAACUACUCCUUAAAAUUAAUUAGGUAAGGCUGGCUGGCUGAUCAAACUGAUAUUUCCCCCUCCUUCCUUGUCAAUAUUCUCACUGCAUGCUUUUAUUAAUAUCUUUCUUACUUUAUAUAAAUCUAUCAUCAUUCUGCCUAAACUACUUUUUAUACUAUUCUUAGAAGCCUUCUCUCUAAUGAAACUGGCCCAUGCCACGCCACCCCAUCCUGAUAUCUCUUUUCUGUUUCUUAUAGUUUUUAUGGUUUUUCCCAUAUAAUUUAGCACAAAAGUGUAUGUAGCUUUUUGUGUUUCUCAUUCUUGCUUCUCUGGAUAAUUUUUAUUCUCCUAAAGAGCUGUGUGAGCUUAAGAUAUAUGCCUCAUAGUAUUUUUGUAAGCUACCAAAGCAGCUCUUUUUGUUGUUUGCAUUGUUUUUUGGCCAGUCAAUAUAGGCAUUGCCUUUUGUGUAAAAUUAUUUGAUCAGUAGAUAGUGAGCAUCCUGAAAAUUCAAAUUCUGCAUUUGUAAAUCACAAAAUUUUAAUAGUACAGUAUUAUAAAUGUUUCUUAUUUUAACUUAUUAAAUAUUUUUUCUUUUUUUCAAUAACUAGAUUUAAUUAUUUUGGGGAUUAGGAACCAAGAUGCAUAUAUUCUUGUGCCCCCACGGUGUCUAGCAGAGUGCAUUGCUCACGAUAACUACUAAGUAUUUUAAAAUUUGAUUGAUUUUUAAUUGCUUUAUCAGUUUGCCUUACUGUGACCGUGUUCAGACGGUUGUUUCGUUUUGCUAACAACAGAGAGUACAGUUAGGGUACCUGUACACUAAGUAGUCCAAUUCUAGUCCUUGGUAGCUUCCUUGAGACACAGCAGUGUCAUAGAAAUUUGGAUAUUAUACUAAAUGGAAGCAUCCCAAUUCUAAUCAUAGAGCAAUAUUGGCUUCAGGUUAUUUGAAAAAGAGUAAGUAAGUACUGUCAUAUUUUGAUCCUUUGUAGUUUCAAACUUUUUAUUCUUCUCAUUAUCCUUUCUUCAGAUGGAUUCUUGCCCAGGAGCUUACUGUAUUACUCAGAUACACCCCUUUUGUGAAUGGAGAAGGUGGAGGUAAAAGGUGGCAGUCUGGAGCCCCACCUUUGCACCCCCCUCCUCCUCAUUCCCUAUCCAAACAGCACAGCUUGAAUGUCACUGCAACUCAUUUAAUUUAAAAGUGCUUUUUAAAAACUUAUUUUGUAAAACCUCAUUUAGUAACUUAGUUUAAAAAUAGAAACAUUUUAGUUUUAAAGUGGAUUUUAAGUACAAAGGAGAAUGCUCUGGAAUACGUUUCUUGUUUCAGCAACAAAAGAGUUAAUUGCACUGAGCUGUAGACACUGAGAUACCACCACGGGAUAGUGCUUUCUGUCUCUGUCAUUUGUGGUUUAAAAAAAGGGGUGGUGUUCUGCAUUUGAAAGGACUUUAAUGAAUGCUGUCAGUGUUUGUGAGACCUAAUGGUCAGUGUGGGAAAGGAAAGCUGGGAAAAGUGGUCUAGCUGCUUCAGGAUAGGUGGAGGAGAGUUUGCUCUGAUUGAACGGAAUGUUCCACCGUGUUUCUUUCAUCUUUAUUCAUUAUCCUUUGUUCUUUAAAAUCUGAUAUAUUGGCAUAAAAGUAAAUGUAGAGAUAUAUAUGAAUGUGAUUUAUUUUCCUUUAAAUCUUUUUGUUGUGUACAGCAGGGCAUAUACUUCUCUUGUCUUGGUUGGAUGCACAAAUCUGUGUGCAGUGUUUUUUGCUCGUUGCCUAGACAAUCACUUGGUUUCUCUGAGGAUGUCUGGUUCUCGUAAAGAGUUUGAUGUGAAACAGAUUUUGAAAAUCAGAUGGAGGUGGUUUGGCCAUCAAGCGUCAUCUCCUAAUUCUACAGUUGACAGCCAGCAGGGAGAAUUUUGGAAUCGAGGACAGACUGGAGCAAAUUGUGGGAGAAAGUUUUUAGAUCCAUGUAGCCUACAAUUGCCUUUGGCUUCAAUUGGUUACCGAAGGUCCAGUCAACUGGAUUUUCAGAGUUCACCUUCUUGGCCAAUGGCAUCUACCUCUGAAGUCCCUGCAUUUGAGUUUACAGCAGAAGACUGUGGCGGUGCACAUUGGCUGGAUAGACCAGAAGUGGACGAUGGCACUAGUGAAGAAGAAAAUGAAUCUGAUUCCAGUUCAUGCAGGACUUCCAAUAGUAGCCAGACAUUAUCAUCCUGCCAUACUAUGGAACCAUGCUCAUCAGAUGAAUUUUUCCAAGCACUUAAUCAUGCUGAGCAAACAUUUAAAAAAAUGGAAAACUAUUUGAGACAUAAACAGUUGUGUGAUGUAAUUUUAGUUGCUGGUGAUCGCAGAAUUCCAGCUCACAGAUUGGUGCUCUCCUCUGUGUCAGAUUAUUUUGCUGCCAUGUUUACUAAUGAUGUCAGAGAAGCAAGACAAGAAGAAAUAAAAAUGGAAGGUGUAGAACCAAAUUCAUUAUGGUCCUUGAUUCAGUAUGCAUAUACAGGCCGCCUUGAAUUAAAAGAAGAUAAUAUUGAGUGCCUGUUAUCUACAGCUUGCCUUCUUCAGCUUUCGCAGGUUGUAGAAGCAUGCUGUAAGUUUUUAAUGAAACAGCUUCACCCAUCCAACUGUCUGGGAAUCCGUUCUUUUGCUGAUGCCCAAGGUUGUACAGAUUUGCAUAAAGUGGCGCAUAAUUACACUAUGGAGCAUUUUAUGGAAGUCAUCAGAAACCAGGAAUUUGUAUUAUUACCAGCCAGCGAAAUUGCAAAGCUCUUGGCCAGUGAUGACAUGAACAUUCCUAAUGAGGAGACAAUAUUGAAUGCACUUCUUACUUGGGUCCGUCAUGAUUUGGAACAGAGACGGAAAGAUCUCAGUAAACUUCUGGCUUAUAUUAGGCUACCUCUUCUUGCACCACAGUUCCUGGCAGACAUGGAAAAUAAUGCACUUUUUCGGGAUGAUAUAGAGUGUCAGAAACUCAUUAUGGAAGCAAUGAAGUAUCAUUUAUUACCAGAGAGACGACCCAUGUUACAAAGUCCUCGGACAAAACCUAGGAAGUCAACUGUUGGCACAUUAUUUGCAGUUGGAGGAAUGGAUUCAACAAAAGGAGCAACAAGCAUUGAAAAGUAUGAUCUCCGUACAAAUAUGUGGACCCCUGUAGCGAAUAUGAAUGGGAGGAGGCUACAGUUCGGUGUUGCAGUGUUAGAAGACAAACUGUAUGUGGUGGGAGGAAGAGACGGGUUGAAGACUUUGAAUACUGUAGAGUGCUACAACCCCAAAACAAAAACUUGGAGUGUGAUGCCGCCGAUGUCCACACAUAGGCAUGGCCUUGGUGUGGCUGUACUAGAAGGUCCCAUGUAUGCCAUCGGGGGGCACGAUGGCUGGAGCUAUCUGAAUACAGUAGAAAGAUGGGACCCUCAGGCUCGCCAGUGGAAUUUUGUUGCCACUAUGUCCACCCCCAGGAGCACAGUAGGUGUGGCAGUACUAAGUGGAAAAUACUGCUAUGGGGAAGAGAGAUGAGUUCUGAGUCUUGCAUGGCAUUUAAUUGAGCCAGGCUGUAUGCAGUUGGUGGUCGUGAUGGGAGUUCUUGUCUCAAAUCAGUAGAAUGUUUUGAUCCUCAUACUAAUAAAUGGACACUGU